CCCGCCCUCCAGGCGGGGCCGGAGCCGGAGCCCGAGCGAGCCGCACUGCGCAGCCCGGGAGCGGCUUGUAGUCGGGCGGGCCUCGGGACAAAUAGCCUGGGCGUCCUCCCGCCGCGCUCCGGUGUCCCCGCCCGCGCGCCGCCACCUUCCGCGUCCAGCGUGAGCUGCGCACCUGCUCUCGGCCCCCACGCGCGUCGGUGGCGGCGGCGCAGCGCGCAGGCGCGGCCGGAUUCCGGGCAGUGACGCGACGACGGGCGCGCGCCGCGCAUUUCCGCCUCUGGCGAAUGGCUUCGCUUUAGCGCGCCGUGGGCUCAGCUGCGACCCCGGCCCCGCCCCCGGGACCCUGGCCAUGGACGAUCUGUUUCCCCUCAUCUUUCCCUCAGAGCCAGCCCAGGCUUCUGGGCCUUAUGUGGAAAUCAUCGAGCAGCCCAAGCAACGGGGCAUGCGCUUCCGCUACAAGUGUGAGGGUCGCUCCGCAGGCAGUAUUCCUGGCGAGAGAAGCACAGAUACCACCAAGACACACCCCACCAUCAAGAUCAAUGGUUACACAGGACCAGGAACAGUUCGAAUCUCCCUGGUCACCAAGGACCCACCUCACCGGCCUCAUCCACAUGAACUUGUGGGGAAGGACUGCCGGGAUGGCUUCUAUGAGGCUGAACUCUGUCCAGACCGCUGUAUCCACAGCUUCCAGAACCUGGGGAUCCAGUGUGUGAAGAAGCGGGACCUGGAACAAGCCAUCAGCCAGCGCAUCCAGACCAACAAUAACCCCUUUCAAGUUCCCAUAGAGGAGCAGCGCGGGGACUACGACUUGAAUGCAGUGCGCCUCUGCUUCCAGGUGACAGUGCGGGACCCAUCUGGCAGGCCCCUCCGCCUGACACCUGUCCUCUCACAUCCGAUUUUUGAUAACCGUGCCCCCAACACUGCUGAGCUCAAGAUCUGCAGAGUAAACCGAAACUCUGGGAGCUGCCUUGGUGGGGAUGAGAUCUUCUUGCUGUGUGACAAGGUGCAGAAAGAAGACAUUGAGGUGUAUUUCACGGGACCAGGCUGGGAGGCACGAGGCUCCUUUUCUCAAGCUGACGUGCACCGGCAAGUGGCCAUCGUGUUCCGGACUCCUCCGUAUGCUGACCCUGGCCUCCAGGCUCCUGUGCGCGUCUCCAUGCAGCUCCGGCGGCCUUCUGACCGGGAGCUCAGUGAGCCCAUGGAGUUCCAGUACUUACCAGACACAGAUGAUCGCCACCGGAUUGAAGAGAAACGCAAAAGGACCUAUGAGACCUUCAAGAGCAUCAUGAAGAAGAGUCCUUUCAAUGGACCAACUGAACCCCGGCCUUCAGCCCGGCGUAUUGCUGUGCCUUCCCGAAACUCAUCUUCUGUCCCCAAACCAGCCCCCCAGCCCUAUAACUUCCCAUCAUCCCUCAGCACCAUCAACUUCGAUGAGUUUCCCCCCAUGCUAUUACCAUCUGGGCAGAUCUCAAACCAGGCCCAGGCCCUGGCCCUGGCCCCGUCCUCUGCCCAAGUCCUGGCGCAGACCAUGGUCCCCUCCUCAGCCAUGGUGCCGGCUAUGGCUCAGCCCCCAGCUCCUGUCUCCGUUCUAGCCCCAGGUCCUCCCCAGCCCCUGCCUACACCUGUUCCAAAGAGCGCCCAGGCCGGGGAAGGCACGCUGUCGGAAGCCCUGCUGCACCUGCAGUUCGAUGCUGAUGAAGACUUGGGGGCCUUGCUUGGCAACAGCACGGACCCGGGAGUGUUCACAGACCUGGCAUCUGUCGACAACUCAGAGUUUCAGCAGCUCCUGAACCAGGGUGUGUCCAUGUCUCACUCCACAGCUGAGCCCAUGCUGAUGGAGUACCCCGAAGCUAUAACUCGCCUGGUGACAGGGUCCCAGAGGCCCCCUGACCCAGCUCCCGUGCCCCUAGGGACCUCAGGGCUUCCCAACGGCCUCUCAGGAGACGAAGACUUCUCCUCCAUCGCGGACAUGGACUUCUCGGCCCUCCUGAGUCAGAUCAGCUCCUAAGGUGCCGGAGGGACCCUGCUUGGAGGGCUAGGCUCGCGGGCACUGAAGCCUUCCCAAAGCACGUCCCAGAUCUGGGGAGUGUGCUCCAACUGCCCCCGACUUCUUUGGGUGAUAUCUCCUGGGGGUGGCACAUUUUAUUCUUUUACUGGCAAUAUCAUUCUUCUUGGAGGUGCUUACGCAGAAGCAUUAACUUCCCUGGAUCGGAGCUGGGGACUCGGCUCUUCCCGUGUGGAUAGUCAGCUCCUGUUUUGUAGGGAACUCUGAGAUCCUGCUUCCCUCUCCAGCUUCGAGCACUCUCCUAGAGAGGGCAGACUGGAGCCGUGGCCUUAAGGCCGUAAGCCUUAUUAUCAAGUGUCUUCCUCAACACGGAUUCCUGCACACCUUGAUCCACAGCAGGGCUCCUACAAGCAGCUCCUGUGUGGUGCUGCCUGACACCAGCACUUGAGGGGCCACUUUUCUGCCCUGUGGAGCUCCUGCCCUGCCAGCUCUCCAUGCUGAGCUGUGGCUAAGAGGAACAGGUGGGCAUUACUAGCUGCCUUCAGGAUCAUGAGGGAGUUUGCUCUGAGACAUUCCUGCUCCCCUUUUUCUCAAGUGCCUUAAUAGCAGGGCAAACUGUAGAGUCAGGAGGGCAGGCUCGAAGCUCAGCCAUAAGGCAGUCUUUACUGAAAAAGCUACUGGACUCUUGCUCUUUCUAGCUCUAAACUAAUAAAUGUGUUGGCACACUG